UCCGCCUCCGGGUUGUCAGGGCAACCGUAGCGACGCCGGCCCCGGAGGAGAGGAACUGGGAGCUCGGGGGCUCGCCCGCGGGGGUCCGGGAGCGGCUGACCAUGGAGCCCCAGAAAAUCAUGCCAUCCUCAAAGCCUCAUCCGCCUGUCGUGGGCAAAGUGACUCAUCACAGCAUUGAAUUAUACUGGGAUCUGGAAAAGAAAGCCAAGCGCCGAGGACCCCAGGAGCAAUGGUGCAGAUUCUCGAUUGAAGAAGAGGAUCCCAAAAUGCACACUUACGGUAUCAUUUAUACGGGAUAUGCAACGAAGCAUGUUGUUGAAGGUCUGGAACCAAGGACGCUGUAUAGAUUUCGCCUGAAGGUCACCAGCCCCUCUGGGGAGUGUGAGUACAGCCCACUCGUCUCAGUGUCUACAACCCGAGAGCCCAUAAGUAGUGAGCACUUUCAUCGGGCUGUCAAUGUGAAUGAUGAAGAUUUGCUUGUCCGAAUACUUCAAGGAGGCCAUGUUAAGGUUGAUGUUCCCAAUAAGUUUGGCUUUACUGCUCUGAUGGUUGCUGCCCAGAAAGGAUACAUCAGGCUUGUGAAAAUCCUAGUUUCUAAUGGCACAGACGUGAAUCUGAAGAAUGGAAGUGGCAAGGACAGUCUAAUGCUGGCGUGCUACGCGGGACACCUAGAUGUUGUGAAAUAUCUCCGAAGACACGGUGCUUCUUGGCAGGCGAGAGACCUGGGAGGCUGUACAGCUCUGCACUGGGCUGCAGACGGAGGCCACUGCAGCGUGAUUGAGUGGAUGAUCAAGGAUGGCUGUGAGGUAGACGUAGUGGACACUGGUUCAGGAUGGACCCCACUCAUGAGAGUCUCUGCAGUGUCGGGAAAUCAGAGGGUGGCCUCUCUUCUAAUUGAGGCUGGGGCCAAUGUGAAUGUGAAGGACAGAAAUGGAAAGACGCCUCUUAUGGUGGCUGUGUUAAAUAAUCAUGAAGAGUUAGUUCAGUUACUUCUUGACAAAGGGGCAGAUGCAAGUAUAAAAAAUGAGUUCGGCAAAGGUGUCCUCGAAAUGGCCAGAGUUUUUGACAGACAGAGUGUAGUCUCCUUAUUGGAAGAAAGGAAAAAAAAGCAGAGGCCGGAGAAGUCUCCUGUCUGCUGAUCAGAGCACCGCUCAUCUGUGAAAUCCACAUAAAACAAAGUGAAACAUGACUGUUAAUCUAGGGAUGGGAAAUUCCGCAUCUCAGAGGGCUGUACAUUUAUUUAUUUAGUUGAAGAUUCAGUGUUCCCACUUUGAAAUACAUCUUUUUACCUAA